AUUAGAAAAAAUGGCGGACUUGCCUAUGGUAGCGGACGAUACGGUACAUGUAUUCUCUGCCGGCAAUUGAGGAAGAGAGGAAAUCAAAAUGAUUUUCUCGGCAACUUGUAAAUCUAUCUGCUUUUGGCAUUAAAAGGGUAAGAACAUCUGAGUUAAGCAGGAUUUUUUUGUCACUUCACACCGUGCGCGAGCUCUCGAAAUGGUUGGCGUAGCAACGGUUAAGGCUAUGUGUCGGGAGAAAAAACGUCCCUUGACUGAGUUAAAACGGAUUCACCGAUAUCCAGGCCGUUGAAACUUCUGUUUUACCCACAGGUCAUCUAAUAAAAUGGCAUCCAGAACGGCGAAGAAAACCGGUUUGUUCGCGAUCGAUGACAACUUUGUUGGACACUUGAGCUCCAGCCGGAAACUGUAAGUCAGGGGAUUUAGAAUUGUGUUGAUAAUUUUCCCUUUAUUAUGUAAGAAUGGAAUGGCUUUUCCAUUGUGAGAUAAUUAUUUAAAAGGGGCUGCAUAGUGGGUGUAGGUGUUAGAUCAUUGCCGGAAUAUUAUUGUGGGGGCCUGGGUACGAGUCCGUAUAGUAUCGUUACAGAGGCUCUUCUUUACAAGAAGCACGUGAGUUUGCCAGCUCCUUCACAGAAGAACUCAAAACUUUUAUUAGAAUAAUAGUCCCUAUAACCUGCACUACCUAUUGUUUUCAGGGAUAGGAGCAUUGUUAUGUCACCAUCCCUAUUGUUUUACCAGCCAAUCACAAACCUUGUUUGGAAUCGAUGCAGGUCUAUUAAAGGCAGGUCUAGACUAUGGGUUAACCUGCAGAUGUAAAUUUGAUGCGUGUUUUCCAUCAGAUGGUUGGUUUUUGAAGGGAAAUUGUAACUUCGAUGGACUUCAAGAAAAAGUUUUCUUGAUGAUUCCACUAACACGACUUGUGAACUCAUGGCAACUGCAACUAUGACAGAAAUGAGAAAAUAAGCAAAACAAAACGUGCAGCACACUUUUUGACCAGUUUCGUUGCUGUCAUUGCAUGACUGACAUUGUAAAAUUUAUUGAAAAAGGCAAUGUGAUUGUUGCUAAAAGCAAUAAUAAGAACAAAAAAUGAGAUUGUCUCUUCAUCAAUGGGUAUAAUCAGAAAUACCCCUACAGAGGUUCAAAGAAGAAUAUAUUAUAUUCCACAAAAUAAUGACCGUUUUUGAGUGGAUUCCUGACAUUAACAUUUUUGUGGCCUGUCAUUUGUAAACAAUUUCUAAAAGAAUACAAUUUACUAGAUGUACAUCAACCAAUUAGCUGUCGUUGACCAGAUUCGGGACAAAUCUAUGUCAUCAGCAUAAAAUGUUUGCGACUGAAUUGCUGAAUCGCAGAUGUCUCUCCCACAAACUGCCCUGUAUUCUAGGCUAGCAAAUAUUGAAUGAAAUACAGCCAUUAAAAAAUUUUAAUGUUUAACAAGAGAAAUGUAGAUAUGCAGUAAAGUUUCCACCAAUCCAUGCAUUUUCAUAGUACUGUUAAUUGUCAAGUUUUUGAAAGGCUGUAUCUUGUUCACAGGUGGAUACCAUACUUGACACUUUUGUAAAGUUUGGUGUGCUCUUUCUGACUGUUGUUGUUCUUGUGUGGAUGAUAUGAAAUAUGGCUGUUGAUGGUUUGCUGUACUGAAGUCACAGAGGCCAUUGUUGUCAUCCAGCAUGGCCACCUUAUCACCUGGUACUUGUGAUCCAAGAAUCUUCAGGUUCUCAACCCUCCGAUGUACAUGCAAAUUUAUACCCCCACUGUGAUACAGGGGGGGAGGGUUGAUAGAUCCCCCCCCAGAGUUUUUAAUAUCUUGUAGUAUUGCAAAAAGAUUUUGCCUUCAGUGAAAAGCCUUUGAUCUUCUCAACAAGAUGAGGUAUAAAUUAUUUUAUGGGUGGUGGUGCUGCUGGAGGCCUGUGACAUCACCAACAAUGGUCACCAUUUUGGCUGCCAUCUUGGAUUUUACCAAGAAUUAGAAAUCAGGUUAAAACUGCGAUAAAUGGUAAUUUUUUGUGCUGGACAUGUAAGAUAACGCAUAAAUAAGCACUUUGCAUCAUUUUAUCCCCCAGCUUUACUUUUAUUGUUGAAAGGAGUUGAAAAUACAUGCAUUUUCACUCAAAAAAGGCUUGACCACCUGCUACUUAUGACAUCAUAUCUUAUAACCAUAGAAACUGACAAUAAGUACAUGUAGAAAAUAAAAAUGGCGCUACACAUUGGUGUUAACUGUGGGUUAAGGGGAAGUGGUAGGGGGUGGAUGGGAAGUUUCCCAGAACCUUAUAAUUUACUGAUCUCUGGUCACUUUUAUAAGAAUCAGCCCACAGCAAGACACAGAAGAGUUUACCGAUUAUAGGAUAAUAAUGCCUCAUUCUACAGUCACGGAAAAAAUUGGUUGCUUACAUGUAAUCUGUUACAUAAUAAUAAUUAUUAUUUAUUACAUUUUAGAAGCAAAUUGGAAGCAGAGCGACUGGAAAUGCAGUGGAAAAAAAUUUGUGAAAAUGAAAAAAAGAGUAAAGAAAGAAAUAGAGAGCUGCUUAAAGACUUUGAGAGAGUGGAGAGACAUGCUGCUAUGCUAGCUGUUAAAUCAGAUAGGCUUAAGUCUUACAAGGUAAUAUCAGUUCUACAUCUUAAAAUUACAUGAACCUAAGCGUGUAUUACCAUCUUAUUAAACAACUCCCCAGUUUUAUAGCAUUACAUGUUCUUGAUUAUUGUUGGACAUGUUUCUGUGAACAGGGCAUUUUUAGCAAAUUGUAUGAAUUAUUAAAAAAAACAACAACAACAAAUCGAAUAAUUCAAUAAACUCUUUCAUCUGUUACUUGUAUAUUAAAUUUUUGUUUUCCCAUUUUAAAACAUGUGAUGUUACCACAGAGAAUUUUUUUAUGAAUGUGUUCCUAAACAUACACAUGCAUGUACAAGUGGAUGCCUAUUUUGUGAAAAGACAGAAGACAAACUUCAUUGAGAACAUCACUUGAUCUGAACUGGGAAAGCACAACAUGCAAGCUGACAAGGUCUAUUUAAUAAUGAAACAUCUGUUGUGUGAUGUUACAGCAACAAUAUGAGAAUUAUAUCAAUAAGAUGUACCCUCGAUGGAGAGAAGAACUGGAGAACUAUAGACUGAGACAACAGCAGGACAGGAAUGGCCUGACAAGUGUAAGUUAUUUGGUCAAAAUAAAUAUUGCGUGGUGGCAUAAUAUAAACAGGUUGAGCCUUAUUGUGCCACUAAAUGUAGUCCUGAAUAGGACCUUUGUUGACAGUGACUGACAUUUCAAUAACCUGUGCGGUAGUCAUCUUCAGAGUCAAAGUGAGUUGUAUCAUGUGAGGUUAUGGUAUUAAACUCUGGUUACUGACCUGAUUGGUCAUUUAAGUCGAGAUCUUAAUGGUGUUCUGUCAGUUAUGAAAACUCUUAAUGUCAUCGGUGUGUUUCGAUACAUCUAUUCAAUAGAUGUAUUUAUAUAUUAUGCCUAAAUAGACAAUCAGCAAUUUGACUGCCACAUCGACUGUUAAAUUGUGACAAUAAUUGUCACAAUUUAACAGUCGAUGUGGCAGUCAAAUUGCUGAUUGUCUAUUUAGGCAUAAUAUAUAAAUACAUCUAUUGAAUAGAUGUAUCGAAACACACCGAUGACAUUAAGAGUUUUCAUAACUGACAGAACACCAUUAAGAUCUCGACUUAAAUGACCAAUCAGGUCAGUAACCAGAGUUUAAUACCAUAACCUCACAUGAUACAACUCACUUUGACUCUGAAGAUGACUACCGCACAGGUUAUUGAAAUGUCAGUCACUGUCAACAAAGGUCCUAUUCAGGACUACAUUUAGUGGCACAAUAAGGCUCAACCUGUUUAUAUUAUGCCACCACGCAAUAUUUAUUUUGACCAAAUAACUUACACUUGUCAGGCCAUUCCUGUCCUGCUGUUGUCUCAGUCUAUAGUUCUCCAGUUCUUCUCUCCAUCGAGGGUACAUCUUAUUGAUAUAAUUCUCAUAUUGUUGCUGUAACAUCACACAACAGAUGUUUCAUUAUUAAAUAGACCUUGUCAGCUUGCAUGUUGUGCUUUCCCAGUUCAGAUCAAGUGAUGUUCUCAAUGAAGUUUGUCUUCUGUCUUUUCACAAAAUAGGCAUCCACUUGUACAUGCAUGUGUAUGUUUAGGAACACAUUCAUAAAAAAAUUCUCUGUGGUAACAUCACAUGUUUUAAAAUGGGAAAACAAAAAUUUAAUAUACAAGUAACAGAUGAAAGAGUUUAUUGAAUUAUUCGAUUUGUUGUUGUUGUUUUUUUUAAUAAUUCAUACAAUUUGCUAAAAAUGCCCUGUUCACAGAAACAUGUCCNCACAUGUAUGGUUUCAGUUUCUUUUCACUCUGGUGAAAUAAUUACAAUGUACUUAACUUACUGCUAGUUUCCAAAUUAAUCUGCAGCUAUGAGGUAUCUAGGGUAAUGAUCAUGUUAAUCAGAUCAAACUACAUGUAGAUGCUACUAAAUUGCCUAUGUUUAUGUCUACAACUUUAUUUCAACGUUUAACACCACUGUGUGCUGUAAUUUUGGUUUAUCUAACAUCAGUCAAACCUAGGAUAAACUUAUUUUGCACAGUUUCAUCAAUCUCUAUAGAGGCAAAGCAAAGAGAUCUGUAACUAUCACUGUUUUGGAAGCCACCUUGAUGGGUAGGCAACCAUGUGAGAAAUUACAGUGUUUGUAUGGGAAUUUAAUGUCAAAUAAUUUCUGUAAAGGAGCUGUACUGGAAAAAAAUGAAUUGUGAGCUAAAACUUCACCCCUAAGGUUUCUAAUGAAAAAAUAAUUGAGGGCGUCACCUGCGCUAGAACCACUUUUUGAAAUUUUCUAUACUUUUGUCUGUAAAAAUUUUUCUGCAGCUGACUAAAAUUUCCUGGGAAAAAUUGCAGAUAAAAUGUGGAAAAUCUAAAGCAAGCAACUGGAGAAACUUAAGCACAGGUACGGCCCUCAAAAUUUGGUAGUAGAAUCCUUUGCUGUGUAGCUUAAGUUUACACUUCCUACUUUCUUCAGAACAGCCGUUUUACGAAAAUUAUUCGACAUUAGGUUCCCAUGCAAACACUGUUAUUUCUCUCGCGGUUGUCUACCCGUCAAGAUGGCUACCAAAACCGUGACAAGGUCUAUUUUCGUUGUUGUUUCAACAAACAGUGGUUGAAACUUCAGCAUGAUGUUCUGAUGUAUUUGUUACUGAAAUAAAAGAAUAAAACUGUUAUGAUGUUCGCUAGACUUAGUGCCAAAAAAUAUCUAUUUUUACAGACUUCUGGUUUAUCUGCUACAAGGUCUGGGGCUGUACCACAAUACAGUGGGAAUAGUCACUUCACAAGUACACCUGCUAUCGCUACCAAUCCACUGCCGGGAUAUGAUAGUAGUGCAAGCUUAACACAACACAGAUCUCCACCAGGAAUGUAUCAUCCGUCAGGCAAUCUACAUUUACAGAGGAGUCCUUUACAAGAUCGUUAUAAUGACUUCCCUUAUCGUGAAAGGCCUUUUGAUUCAUCUCGUCUACAUGAAGAUGGUGUACUACAUUCAAGAUAUCCACAGCAAACUGAUGGAAGGUGGGAACCCUCUAGUUUCCAUGACAACCAGGGAACAUAUCAAACUCAAUUUGUACCAAGUAGUAGAGAGUUCGAUGCUUUUUACCAUAGGCCACCAGAUCGUUACCCUUCGCCGCCUGACCAGGUAUUUUAUGAUGGGCGUCAACCUGUCGGUGAAGGUCCUAGGAGUUAUGCACCUGACACAAGGUACAGGUCUGCUGAAGUUCCUUAUGGACAGCGGCAGGGCCCCGGAACAGCCACACCUUAUGAACCAAGGACAGAGCUACAGAGAGGCUACCAGGCACGUGGAGGGGAGAGAGGACUCUUUGAUCAGAGUAGACAUGGAGGACAACACUAUGAUGGUUGGCAGGCUAGGUACCAUGGCAAUCAGAGAUCACCGGAAUUUGAGCCACAGAGAAAUGAAAGGAACAUCGGUGGAAGAGAUGAAACUCUUGUUGACAAGGUAUGGGGUCUUGUUUAAGUUACAUGUUGUACGUAGAUGAUAAUAGGGACCUUACGUUUCGACAACGGCGAGAUCCAUGGAAACAUCGCUGAAUAACAGACUUCGCAUCUUUUCAAACUUUUUCGCGAUAAUUUUCCCAAGUCGCCCAGUUUCUUAUAUCAAAAAAAGGGAACUUAGGUUGGAGCUGAAGAGAGGGGGCUGCGCCCGAGUUCAGACAGAGAUGGUAGAAUUUAUCGUUUUGUCUUUUCCGUGUUCAAGUAAACUUAAAUCUGAUCCUUCCACGUUGUAGUUUAAUAUACACGGACAAGGGGACGAAAUUUACGAAAAAGCGUGACGUUUACACGUAGACUUCUCCGUCGUUAUUGCUUAGUGUCCAUAAUGUACCAGACAAUUCUAGAACGCCUGUCAGUCGUCACGAACGUUUUGUCAGACUAGUUUUCUCCGAGAAUUAGACAAACAAUUUAGAUUAGAAAAAACAACUCAGCUGCACGUGUAUCACGCUUUUUUGUACACUUCUUUGUCGCCACUGCACGAUUACAACAUACAAAUGCCUACCCGUAAUUCCACGUUUUGUGGAGGACGUGAACACAAGAAAACGACUUUCUUUUUCUUUUUCUGGACUUCGCCAACAUUUGACAAAUUGAACGCGAUGGAAUAAGGGUGAUAAAGUUUGAAGCAGCGUCACUUUUUAAGUGACGUUUACACGUAGCCAUAGCCGGCGUUGUUUCUUAAGCUUUCUUAAAUGUACCAGACAAUUCUAGAACGCCUGUCAGUCGUCACGAACUUUUUGUCAGACUAGUUUUCUCUGAGAACUACACAUACUUACCUUUGUGAUUUUUGAUGUCUUAAGCUUUACAAAUCGCAUGAGACUUUUAAAGCAUCAAUGAUACCUAGUAUGUAAUACAUGUACGUGAAGGUUUUUAAGGAAUCGUGCGUUUUGAGACCGCGCAACGACAGGUACUGUACUUGUACGUCAAGAAUCGUUUAGCGAUCGACGUCAUUCGCAUCUCGCAGUAACCUUUUUGUACGUUUUACUAUUGCAGUACUGGGUUCCCACGGGCCUCUCUUGUAGCUCAGUGGUGGAGAGACUGUAUUACUGAGCUAUUGAGAGCUCAUGGACGACAGUAUGGGCUCCUUUUUGUGGGAACUGGGAAGUUUUUUUUCGAGUAGUCCAUUCAUACACUGUACUAGUAUUGAUUCGCAUCAUCUUUUCUAUAUUGGCAGAAGUACGAUGGUAGUCUUCACACCAGACCUGCCAUGACAAGCGGUCACGAUCCUACCCAGAAUUUGAAUCAACGUCCCUUAGCUAAUGAACCAAUCGAACCCCCGGAGAAACCUUUGGAGAGAAACAUUCCAACGUCAAGUUUCCCAGAACCUUCGCUUUCGUCCACCGUCAUGGAGACAUCUGCGGAAAGCAAUGAUGUUCGUCCUGAAAAAGCCCACGAAGACAUGUAUGCGACACGGCCUGGACAACGUCAAAGUGUUACAAGAGAAGAGAUCAAGGACAAAAAAGAAAGCAGUCCGGAAAGUGUAGUGAAAGGUCAGGGUCUUGGAACAGAAAAGACGGAAGUGUUGAGAGAACUUGAAACACAUGUAUGGUUUCAGUUUCUUUUCACUCUGGUGAAAUAAUUACAAUGUACUUAACUUACUGCUAGUUUCCAAAUUAAUCUGCAGCUAUGAGGUAUCUAGGGUAAUGAUCAUGUUAAUCAGAUCAAACUAGAUGCUACUAAAUUGCCUAUGUUUACAACUUUAUUUCAACGUUUAACACCACUGUGUGCUGUAAUUUUGGUUUAUCUAACAUCAGUCAAACCUAGGAUAAACUUAUUGUGCACAGUUUCGUCAAUCUCCAUAGAGGCAAAGCAAAGGUAUCUAUAACUAUCACUGUUUUAAAAGCCAUCUUGAUAGGUAGGCAAGCAUGUGAGAAAUUACAUUGUUUGUAUGGAAUUUAACGUCAAGUAAUUUCUGUAGAGCGGCUGUAGUGGAAAAAAAAUGUGAAUUGUGAGCUAAAACUUCACUCCAAAGGAUUCUAAUGAAAAAAUAAUUGAGGGCGUUACCUGCGCUAGAACCACUUUUUGAAAUUUUCUAUACUUUUGUCUGUAAAAAUUUUUCUGCAGCUGACUAAAAUUUCCUGGCAAAAAUUGCAGAUAAAAUGUGGAAAAUCUAAAGAGAGGAACUGGAGAGACUUAAGCACAGGUACGGCCCUCAAAAUUUGUUAGUAGAAUCCUUUGCUGUGUAACUUAAGUUUACAAUACCUACUUUCUUCAGAACAGCCGUUUGACGAAAAUUAUUCGACACAUGGUUCGUAUGCAAACACUGUUAUUUCUCACGCGGUUGCCUACCCAACAAGAUGGCUACCAAAACCGUGACAAGGUAUUUCCGUUGUUUUUUCAACAAACAGUGGUUGAAACUUCAGCAUGAUCGAUUUGUUACUGAAAUAAAAGAAUAAAACUGUUAUGAUGCUCGUUAGGCUUAGUGCCAAAAAAUAUCUAUUUUUACAGACUUCUGGUUUAUCUGCUACAAGGUCUGGGGCUGUACCACAAUACGGUGGGAAUAGUCACUUCACAAGUACACCUGCUAUCACUACCAAUCCACUGGCAUAUGAUCGUAGUGCAAGCUUAACACAACAUAGAUCUCCACCAAGAAUGUAUCAUCCGUCAGGCAAUCUACAUUCACAAAGGAGUCCUUUACAGGAUCCGUAUAAUGACUUCUCUUAUCGUGAAAGGCCUUUUGAUUCAUCUCGUCUACAUGAAGAUGGUGUACUACAGUCAAGAUAUCCUCAGCAAACUGAUGGAAAGUGGCAACCCUCUAGUUUCCAUGACAACCAGAGAACAUAUCAAACUCAAUUUGUGCCAAGUAGUAGAGAGUUCGAUGCUUCUAACCAUAGGCCGCCGGAUCGUUACUUUUCGCCGCCUGACCAGGUAUUUUAUGAUGGGCGUCAACCUGAAGGUCCUAGGAGUUAUGCACCUGAUACAAGCUACAGGCUUCCUGAAGUUCCUUAUGGACAGCGGCAGGGCUCCGGAACAGCCACACCUUAUGAACCAAGGACAGAGCUACAGAGAGGCUACCACGCACAUGGAGGGGAGAGAGGAGCCUUUGAUCAGAGUAGACAUGGAGGACAAUACUAUGAUGGUUGGCAGGCUAGGUACCAUGGUAAUCAGAGAUCACCGGAAUUUGAGUCACAGAGAAAUGAAAGAAACAUCAGUGGAAGAGAUGAAACUCUUGUUGACAAGGUACGGGGUUUUGUUUAAGUUACAUGUUGUACUUGGAUGAUAAUAGGGACCUUACGUUUCGACAACGGCGAGAUCCGUGGAAAUGUCGCUGAAUAAUAGACUUGGCAUUUUUUCAAACUUUUUCGCGAUGAUAUCCCAAGUCGCCUUGUUACUUAAAAAAGCGAACGUAGGUUGGAGCUGAAGAGAGGGGACCGCGCGCGAGUUCAGACAGAGAUGGUAGAACUUAUCGUUUUGUCUUUUUCGUUCUCAAGUAAACUUAAAAUUUGGUCUUUCCACGUCGUAGUUUAAUAUACACGGACAAGGCCACGAAAUUUACAAAAAAGUGUGAUGCACGUGCCGCGUCGUUGUUUUGCUCCUAAUCUAUUGCUUUUUUUGACGUUCCCGUCGCCGUCGCCGUCGUAGUUUCGUAAGGUCCCCCAAUAGGGAGCUUAGCAACGACGACGGCGACGUCAACGAGAACGGCAAAAAAGCAAUAGGUGUAGAUUAGAAAAACAACCCAGCUGCACGUGCAUCACGCUUUUUUGUACAUUUCUUUGCUGCCACUGCACGAUUACGACGUGAAAAUCCCAUAAUUCCACGCUUUGUGGAGGACGUGAACACAAGACAAUGACUUUCUUUUUCUUUUUCUGGACUUCGACCAGUCUUUUAGAAUUCAACUCCACAAAAAAAUUGCCAACAUUUGACAAGAUGAACGCGAUGGAAUAAGGGUGAAAAAUUUUGAAGCAGCGUCCCUUUUUAAGUGACGUUUACACGUAGCCUUCGCCGGCGUUGUUACUUAAGCUUCCUUAAAUGUACCAGACAAUUCUAGAACGCCUGUCAGUCGUCACGAACUUUUUGUCAGACUAGUUUUCUCCGAGACGUACACAUACUUACCUUUGUGAUUUUUGAUGACUUAAGCUUUACAAAUAACUUGAGACUUUAAAAGCGUCAAUGAUACCUAGUAUGUAAUACAUGUACGUGAACGUUUUUAAGGAAUCGUGCGUUUUAAGACCGCGCAAUGACAGGUACUGUACUUGUACGUCAAGAAUCGUUUAGCGAUCGACGUCAUUCGUAUCUCGCAGUAACCUUUUUGUACGUUUUACUAUUGCAGUACUGGGUUCCCACGGGCCUCUUCUUGUAGCUCAAAGGUAGAGAGACUGUAUUAUUGAGCUAUUGACAGCUCAUGGACGACAGUAUGGGCUCCUUUUUGUGGGGACUGGGAAAUUUCUUUUCGAGUAGUCCAUUGAUACACUGCACUGGUAUUAAUUCGCAUCAUCUUUUCUAUUUUGGCAGAAGUACGAGGGUAGUCUUCACACCAGACCUGCCAUGACAAGCGGUGACGAUCCUACCCAGGAUUUGAAUCAACGUCCCUUAGCUAAUGAACCAAUCGAACCCCCGGAGAAACCUUUGGAGAGGAACAUUCCAACGUCAAGUUUCCCAGAACCUUCGCUUUCGUCCACCGUCAUGGAGACAUCUGCGGAAAGCAAUGAUGUUCGUCCUGAAAAAGCCCACGAAGACAUGUAUACGACACGGCCUGGACAACGUCAAAGUGUUACAAGAGAAGAGAUCAAGGACAAAAAAGAAAGCAGUCCGGAAAGUGUAGUGAAAGGUCAGGGUCUUGGAACAGAAAAGACGGAAGUGUUGAGAGAACUUGAAGCAAAACCUGAAGAACCAACAAGAGUGAAGGUAUCACGGGCAGCUAUACCUGAAGGCAUUUCAGAGGAUAUGUCGAAAGGAAGUCCGGAGCGGGUUGAAUUAGAUGCUGUCAUUCCAAGGGAAUCUGAGGCUGAAAAACAUGCUCCACCCAUUCUGGAUGCGAAUGAAUUAGAACAGGCGGAGCAAAGUGAUGACGAUGAAAGUCUGGAUUUGAGUGAUCUCAGUCUACCUGAUGGGAAUGAACCAUAUGUUCCGUCUGUUCUUCAGGGGGAUCGAAGACUUAGUAGAGAACAGGCUGAAGAGAGGUCAGGUCACAAGGAUCCCGAUGUUUCUGCUGAACCCAGCAAACCUAACAUUGUGCCCGAGAGAUCAAAGAGCUUUACUGACGAGAUUAGUGAAGAAAUCGUGGAGACUGCGCCUUUGGACGACAGCGAGGGUCAUGAUGAUCUUGUUCAUGAUGAAGGGAGUAAAAUAUUGCCAAAGAAUGAUGCGGAAAUUAGCUUUUCAGAUUCACCAAAGGCGCAGGAUGUCAGGUGUGAUGAAGAUGAAAAGGAAAAGGUUACAAGAGAGAAUGUACUCCAACCUGAAGCGGAAAAAGACGUGCGAAAGUCAUUACUGAAAGAUGGACGCGGUAGAACCUUGCAGAAGGCGGCAGAGGACAAAAAGCCAUCCGUAGAUGUAGACGGAUUUUUGGCUCUUCUUCAGACUGUUGAUGCUGAUGUGGAGGUGUCGUUUAGUCCGGAGGCUUUGUACCGCUCUGCCCAGUGCAGUUCAGACCUGCGACAGGAGAUUACAAGGUAAUAAUUUUUCUUGGGAAUAAGUUUUUAGUUGCUGGACAUUUUUUUAUUCCUAUGUUUAUCGACUCACGGAUUACCUGUCUUCAUAUUUGAAGGGCCGCCGAGAUGGGCAGUAGUCUCCAGUCUUUUGACCCAAACACGGUCAGCAUGAUUGUGUUGGAAGAGUUGCCACUGGUGGUAUCCAGUUCCCCUACGGGCUGCCUCAUUCCAGACAGAGUGUUUACAGAAAGUGUUCCCUGUAGGUCAGAGAAAGAGAUGAGGUAAGACGCCACCCGCAGUUUAAUUUUAAAUUGUCCUUAGCGUUGCCCUUUGUAAUUUCAGGGCUUGAAAUAACGGCCGGUCAACGGACAGUGUCUUGUCAAAAAUAGCCUUUGCCCGAUCCUUGGAUGACUGGACAUUUUUGUCUUGUCUCUGCAAAAAUAGGUUUUGCCUCAUCCGCCGGACAACUUGAGUUGCGCUUGCUGGGAAGUUAUUUCAAGCACUGAUUGUUAGAGCGAUUUUCGUAUGACCUCGAAAUGAAAACGCGCGAACAAAACAGAAACAACAAACAAACGGAAAUAGAACGAUUUGAUUGGUUUAUCGAACAGAUACAAACGCACGCGGCUUUUGGUUGGUUGAGCGAACGCUCGGGUGAAAAAACUUCACGCCCCAGAACUUUCUAGAAAUCAACCGAUGCUUCGCUUUGACGUCAUACUGCGACGUGACUGGCCAAUCGAACAAUGCCUUUUCACGUUAGGGUUUUCUUUGGCGGGAAAACGAAGAGGCCAUGUUUUGACCUAUUCAUCCAUUGGCUGAUGAAACAAAUAAGAAACACUUACCGAAACCAUUUUUCAAGGUCAUACGAAAAUCGCUCUACCUAUCAUGAAAAUUGCCAAACGUUUGGUAUUUUCUACCCUGCGAAGUUUGACAGCUGCAUCAUUUCUGCCUGUCAUUGAAAACCCGCGUUUCGAUCUAUUCACACCAAUAAUAAUAACAAAAAUAAAUAGAUUAAAAAAAAAAAACUUGCUAGAGUAAAUGCGCCUUUAUUCGAAGUUUUACUGUUACUCUUUCACAAGUAUAGAACUAUUCAAGUUGCAUUUGCACUGAAAGCAUUUUUUUUUCCUCUUGGCCAGACCUUUUGUGGAGACUUCGUUAAUGGUAUUAUGGAAGACUUUGUUUUCCCAUUUUGUAAAUCUGGUUACAAAACACGUGAUGAGGGCUGACGAUGUUGGCAGUAUGUUUGGAUCUCGUCUCAUCGCUCAGGACUCGAAACAUGGAAAAGAGGUG